CGCCGGCCAAUGGGCGGCCCGGGCGACGCGGCGACGCGGUGGCGGCGGCGGGAAGAUACGGCGAUGGCAGGCCGUCGCGGGGCUCUCAUCGUGCUGGAGGGGGUGGACCGCGCGGGGAAGAGCACGCAGGGCCGCAAGCUGGUGGACGCGCUGUGUACCGCAGGCCACCGCGCCGAGCUGCUGCGCUUCCCGGAAAGAUCAACAGAAAUUGGCAAACUUCUGAGUUCUUACUUGGAAAAGAAAAGUGAGGUGGAGGAUCACUCAGUGCACCUGCUUUUCUCUGCGAACCGCUGGGAACAAGUGCCAUUGAUUAAGGAGAAGCUGGGCCAGGGCAUCACCUUGGUCGUGGACAGAUAUGCAUUUUCUGGCGUCGCCUUCACCAGCGCCAAGGAGAACUUCUCCCUGGAUUGGUGCAAGCAGCCCGACGUGGGCCUUCCCAAACCGGACCUGGUCGUGUUCCUCCAGCUGCGCCUGGCGGAGGCGGCCGCGCGCAGCGAGUUUGGCCAGGAGCGCUACGAGGACCGUGCCUUCCAGGAGCAGGUGCUGCGGCGCUUCCACCAGCUCCGGGGCGACACCUCCCUGAACUGGAAGGUCAGCACUUGGUGCCUUGACGGCCGCUUCUCCUACCUCUGCCGCAUCCGCUGCUGGCCACCAGCCUGGUCCUCGCUGCGCAGCCCGUGGUCCGGCUUCUCAGCUCUGGUGUCUCCUCCAGCUUGUGCUUCCCCCUCCACCUGCAUCUGUGCGCCCUGCCCUCCCCGUCUCUGCUGUGCAGUGCAGCUCUGUUGCCACGGCCAAGCUCCCUGUGAGAAGGGGCCAUGCGCAGCCCCAAGCACGUCCUGGACCUCCCAGUCUCCCCCAUGUGCUCAGUCCCUGGCGACCUCACUUUAUUUGAGGCCUAUGUUGCCCCAGCCUGGCCCCCGGGACCCCUCCCAGCGGCUCCGUGUCCUCCGGGAGACCCCUUCACUUAGGGCCCCUCCUGAUCCCAGCAUGAUGGUGGACGCCUCCAGAAGCAUCGAAGAGGUCCACCAGGAAAUCUGCACGCUAUCCAAGGACACCAUCCAGGCCGCCGCACAGAGGCCGCUGGGGGAGCUGUGGAAAUAGAGGGAGGGUCCCCCCCACGUCGGCCUUCAAGGCGGGAGCAAUGUGCAGAGCGCAGGGGCUGUGUGCAGCGUGCGGAGGCUGCACACAAGCCCAUGGCAGGCAGAGCAGGACUCCACAGGGGUGGGCCGUGCACUCAGCCUUCCUCCACCCUCUCCUAGACCCUGAAGAUGCCAAUAAAAUAUUUUUCUUGCUGAA